GCCGCUGGGGGUCACUGUGACAGCGCUGCUACCGCCACUGCUGACGAGUCGACAAAUCUGUGGUUUCCUGCCUUCAGCCGCCGGUGUCGUCACUCACCUCAGCGCGUGCAUGACUUCAAAGUCCCGCCAGUGCAGUCCAUAACAAUGAAUGGCUCCAAGGUAGCCGUGCAGUCAGCUGCUAGAGAAUUUUUGCAGUUUGUCAACAGAGGAGCGUCUCCAUAUCACGUGGUAGAAGAAUGUCGCAGGCGUCUGCUGGAAGCAGGAUUUGUUGAGCUGAAGGAGGUGGACAGAUGGGACAUCAAGCCAUCCCGCAAGUACUUUGUGACCAGGAACUUCUCCUGUGUCCUUGCUUUUGCCGUGGGCGGGAACUACUCGCCUGGGAAUGGCUUCUCCAUGAUUGGAGCGCAUACAGACAGCCCCUGUCUCAGGGUGAAGCCAAGGUCUAAGAGGACAAACCAGGGCUGUCUGCAGGUCGGCGUGGAGUGCUACGGUGGUGGCAUUUGGAACACCUGGUUUGAUCGUGACCUGACCAUUGCGGGGCGUGUCAUUGUUAAGCAAGACGACAAGCUUGUCCAGCGGCUGGUGCAUGUGUCACGACCUCUGCUGAGAGUUCCCCACCUGGCCAUCCACCUGCAGAGGGACGUCAACGACUCCUUCGGCCCCAACAAGGAGACUCAUCUUGUGCCCAUUCUGGCCACCGCUGUCCAGGAAGAGUUGGAGACGGGCAAUGCAACCUCAGGAAAUGCCACCACCGCUGCCAACACGGCAGAGAAACACCACCCAGCGCUGGUGAAGGUGUUGUGUUCAGAGCUGGGAGUUGAACCUGAAGCCUUGCUUGACUUUGAGCUCUGUUUGGCUGACACUCAGCCAGCGGCGCUGGGUGGCGUGUAUGAAGAGUUCAUUUUCUCUCCUCGCCUGGACAACCUUCACAGCUGCUACUGCGCCAUGCAGGGGCUAAUCGAGUCCUGCUCGGGGAACUCGCUGGACACAGAACCCAACAUCCGCAUGGUGACACUGUAUGACAACGAAGAGGUCGGCUCAGAAAGUGCCCAGGGGGCGCAAUCCAACCUGACCGAGCUCAUCCUUAGUCGCCUGGCUACCUCUCCCUCAAACCCCACCGCCUUCCAGCAGGCGGCGCCACUUUCCUUUAUGAUCAGCGCCGACAUGGCGCAUGCUGUGCACCCCAACUACCAUAACAAACAUGAGGAGAACCAUCGUCCAUCUUUCCACAAGGGUCCAGUGAUCAAGUUCAACAGCAACCAACGCUACGCCACCACAGCUGUGACCGCCAGUGUUGUCCGAGAGAUCGCCAGCCGAGUUGGUGUUCCUCUUCAGGAUGUGAUGGUCCGUAACGACAGCCCGUGUGGAACCACCAUCGGACCCAUUCUGGCCGCUCGGCUCGGCGUGCCUGUGGUGGACAUCGGCGCACCCCAACUCUCCAUGCACUCCAUUCGGGAGAUGUGCUGCACCUCCAGCGUAAUACAAAGCACCACCCUCUUUAAGGCUUUCUUUGAGUUGUUUCCUCAAUUGAGGAGCUCGCUGGUGGUGGACUAAAAUGAUGGCAUUGACCCGCAGCACAUCCUCAUUGACUACAUUGUUUUCACCCAAGUAGUCAAUGAGAUGGUUGGACUUCAAAUGAGGUACAAAAGGUUUUAUUGGAAUAAAACGUCUUGAACUUU